GUUCAAACAACCAUCUCACCACCCCUCGACACGUGCCUCACGCGCCCACACCUCACAACAUGGCCGCCCAAGCCGAAGCCGCCGACCCUCUCUGCAACCUGCGCCUCGCGAUAAAAGCCAGCAACGACCCCAUCCUCACCACCAGCGACAACGCCCCAGCCGCCUCGCUCGCCCACGCAACUCACAUAUCCUUCAACUUUGGCGAUGCGCACCGCAGCUUCGAUCUCACGGCGCCGACGCGCUUCGCCCCGGACAGCAAGCCCGUCGACCUGCGCAGCUGCUACUUUGCCUGGCUGAACAAAGACGCUGCCGUCCCGGACUACCUGGCAGCCGUCCAGCUGCUCAAUGAGGAACUCCCCGGCGGCGCGGGUGGUAGCGUGCAGAACCUCACGUUUGCGCAGAAGAUUGAGCUGGUUGCGUGGCUGAACGGCGAGACGGAGAGCAGUGAUAGUAUCGCUGCGAUUGAUGCUGGCGCGGCGAGCGCAGCAGCGGGGGACGCGGCGGCUAUCGCAGGCGGGAAGGGCGUGCCUGUUGAUCGCGAUGGGGGGAAGAUGGUGGACGGGCGGCUGCUGCAGAUCUACGACGGGGAGCGGCGCAUGGGCGACCACAACUCGGUGCUGCGAGGGACAAAGGCCAUUGACUUCUCCCCCUACCGCCGCACAGCCCAGCAAUUCCUCCGCUCCCGCCCCUCCUCCACAUCGAAGCCCAUCCCCGCCGCGCCCCUGACCACAACCCUCACCAAGCGGCCCGCCAAACGCCUCGAGCCCAUCAUCCUGCUCUCGCCCUCGGCCUCCUCCCUCCUGCGCACCAGCAACAUAAAAUCUUUCCUUGACGAGGGCGUCUUCGUGCCCGCCGACGCAGCCAACACCGCCUCGAACAUGGUGCGCAUCCAGCGCGUGCUGCCCAGCAUCUCCUCGGCGCCCAUCACCUUCAUCCUCGUCGACUCGACCACGUCCUUCAAGCCCACGUACUGGUCGCGCGUCGUCGCCAUCUUCACCACCGGCCAGACGUGGCAGUUCAAGGACUACAAGUACACGAACCCUGCUGAGCUGUUUGCGCACUAUCCCGGUGUAUAUGUCGGGUGGCAGGGCGAGGAGCCCCCUGAGAAUGUGGGGAAUUUGGGCAGAGGCGUGCUGAGUGCUAAGGUGGAUAAGUGGACGGGCAGCGAGAAGGGGAGGUGGAGGGAUAGGGAGGUUGUGGAGAGGAUUUGGGGGAGGGUUGAGGAGGGUAUGCGGAGGGGCGCGUGGACGAAGGAUGGGCCUGGGUUGGCGGGGCGGUAGAGAUGUGUUUUAAUAGAAUGGGCGUUUGGGCGCUGCUGGGUUUCCGUCUCUUUGAGCUGUAGAGGAAUUGAGGUGAGUUGAGAGGAAAUCAUGACUUUGUAAAAGCGUCAAGUCAGGAGCUGAAUAUUUGGACUAGCAAGCAAUCAUUCAUAAUCGUUGUAUGAUGUUGAGUGAGGCAAAUCAUCUAUGUCACUCUUCUAGCAAACAAGGAACACCAAAGCACUCUCAUGAGUUGAGUUGUAUAUUAAACAUAAAAGAGUUUCUUGAAACUAUGUAUAGAAGUCUAU